UUCACGAGCUUCGGGAAGCUCGACCCCCCAACUCCUUAAAUCGCGACUCGUGUCCGGACUCCAGAAGGAGGUCGACACUUGUCAUCUCCAAACCUGUUCCCUCACAGAUUCGAUUCGGUUUCGAAGAAAAUCCCCCGUUUACCCAAAAUAGCAAUCGCAGUCUGUCUAGCGUCUAUCGAUUGUUGCUGAUUCGUUAUCUGAACAUGAAUGGAAGAAAACAAAUUGAAGGAUAUUAAGGACUGAUCUGAUUCACUUGGCUGGGCAUGUAAAAAUUCUAGCUUGCAGAAUGGGUCCUCAGAUGAACUUCAGUGACUCUGCUGAUGAUCCAGCAGCCGAAAGAAGCACUGGGAGGCAACCAGGAAUUCUGCCGUUAUCUCGACAACCCUCGAUAUAUUCCUUGACUUUCAAUGAGUUUCAGAACACAUGGGGUGGACUUUCUAAGGAUCUUGGAUCCAUGAACAUGGAUGAGCUCCUCAAAAACAUAUGGACAGCUGAGGAGAGCCAACUACAACUACAAGCCAUGGCGCCUUCUGGUAAUGGAGGGGAAGGAAGUGGUCAAGGAGGGAAUUUGCAGAGGCAGGGGUCAUUGACUCUGUCGCGAACUCUUAGUCAAAAAACAGUUGACGAAGUGUGGAGAUAUUCGUUCAAGGAGCCGGAGGAUGUGAAAGAAGAGAGUGGAGGAGGAGGCGAUAUAAAUUUGCCACAGAGGCAACGGACUUUGGGGGAGAUGACGUUGGAGGAGUUCCUAGUGAGAGCCGGCGUUGUGAGGGAGGACACACAAAUGAUGGCAAAGCCCAGUGAAAGUGGAUCUCAUGGGGAGAUAUCAUGGUUCACUAGUAAUGGCCUUGCCAGUACUGUAGCCGCUGGAAACAAUGACAUAUUCUCUAGUAACCCUGCUAGUUCGGUGUUAGACUUUAUUGGAACAAGACCUUCUCAGCUACAGCAACAGCAACAGCAACAGCAACAGCAACAGCAACAGCAACAGCCACAGCCACAGCCACAGCCACAGCCACAGCCACAGCCACAGCCACUUGAACCGCCGGCUUUGCUUUUUCCAAAGCCAGAAAAUAUGCCAUUUGCAUCCUCUUUGCAUCUGGCAAAUACAGCUCAUAUUGCAAGUCCAGGAUCAAGGGAUGCGACUGGAAUUUCGCACUCAUCCUUAAACAAAACGUUAGUUCACAGUGGUGCCAUGCAGGCUGGAGGACUGUGCUUGGGGGAUUUGGGCCGUACAGGUUUUGCUGUUCCAAUGGGCUCUCCUGCAAAUCUGGUAUCAGCAGAUGCGAUUUCCAACAAUAGUGCAAAUGUAUCCUCGUCACCAAUUCCUUAUCCUUUUGGACGUGGAAGAAAAUCCAAAGAUGUAUUGGAGAAAGCGGUUGUGAGAAGGCACAAGAGAAUGAUAAAAAAUAGGGAGUCUGCUGCCAAGUCAAGGGCUCGCAAGCAGGCCUACGAUUUGGAACUGGAAGCAGAAAUCGCAAGACUUAAAAAGAUAAAUCAGGAACUACUUAGGAAACAGGCUGAAACAAUGGAAAUGCAGAAGGAUCAGGUAUGCAUAGCUUCCACAUAUACUCAUCCGAACAUAUUGCUUCUAUCAUGACUAAGCAACUUAGACAUUUGAAAUUGUGUUCGAGAAAGAUCUCACAGAAGGUGAAUGGACUGUACUGGGAAAAUAAGAGGCAAUGUUGCUUGAGGAGGACGCUGACAGGUCCAUGGUAGAUUUGACGGAAUGAACAGAACUGAUUGCUGGAGCAAGGAUUUGCAUUUUCGCUGCACAUCGUUCCCAUAGUUGGCGAUUUUAUUCCAAUCUUCUAUCACAAAGGACACGCAUUACAUGUAAUAAAAUCAAAGCCACCCGGUUGA